AUGUCACCAACAAGACAAAACAACAAUAGGAUGAUGAUGAGUAGUCCUAACGUUGUUCCUCCGAAACAUAGGACAAAGAUUUUUGUUGGAGGAUUGGCUUGGAAAACCAAAACAGACACACUGAAAACCUAUUUUGAUCAGUUCGGUGAGAUUCUUGAAGCUGUUGUCAUCAUUGACAGAAACACCAGAAAAUCAAAAGGAUAUGGCUUUGUUACUUUUAAGGAUCCAAAUUCUGCUAUAAUUGCUUGCAAGAAUCCUAAUCCUGUGAUUGAUGGAAGAAGAACUAAUUGUAAUCUUGCAUCUCAAAAAUCUAAUCCUCCAUCAUCAUCAUCAACAGGAAGACAGAAGUUUAAUAGUCCUUCAUGGAACAAUGCACCAUUACAAUUUUCAAGCUCCUCUAAUUAUUAUGAUCAAUAUCUACCUCAGUAUUCACACUCUUAUCCUGUUUAUAGGUAUUGUUACCCUGGUUAUCUUUGUCCACAAGACAUCUAUGAUAUGAACUAUCCUAAUGGAUAUGGUGGACCACAAUUUCCAGUUCCGUUGUAUCCACCAUAUUACCAACCAUUUUAUGGCUAUAGUAAGCAAUUAGUUCCAACAACAUCAUAUGUGAAAAAGACACAAUUCCCUGAACCUAUUACUACCACUGGAGUGAUCACAGAAACAGUAGCUGCAACAAGAGAUCAAACAUCUUCUGAUUAA